AUGGGCGUUGUAGCUCAUCUUGAAGGAUACAAAAUGCUUAUUGAUCUAAAGGCUACUCUUCGCCAGAGUAAUCUGAACCCUGAAAGACCUGAUGUGAAUCACAUGAGGACUCUUGAUUCAAGUAUUAAACGUAAUUUAGCAAUUAUCAAGAAGCUUAAAGUGAUAAAUGAUGAAGUGAAGGACGGGUUAAUUGAAGAAUUGAAAACUGUAAACUUGAGCAAAUUUGUCAGUGAAGCAGUUUCUUACAUUUGUGCUGCUAAGCUUCGUUCUACUGACAUACAAGCUGCAGUUCAGUCUGGAGAACCGGAUUUAGACAAGAAUGCAGGAGCCUUGAAGAAGCGAAGCACACUAAAACUUCUAAUGGAACUGUAUUUUGUUGGAAUUGUUGAAGAUGCUAAUACUUUCACCACCAUUAUAAAAGAUCUUACAUCACUGGAGCAUUUGAAAGACCGGGAAACAACUCAGACAAAUUUGUCUCUCCUUGCUAGUUUUGCUCGCCAAGGAAAGAUUUUUCUUGGACUGCAACAACAAGGGCAAGAUGCUUAUAAUGAGUUCCUCAUGGACCUCAAUAUUACUUAUGAUCAGAAGAGGUUCUUCAAGAAAGCCUUUUACUCUUACUAUGAUGCAGCAAGCGAACUUCUACAGUCAGAACAUGAGUCUCUUUGUGUGAUGGAGUCAGAAAAUGCAAAAAAAUUGAAUGCCAAAGGAGAACUAAGUGAUGAAAAUACUGCAUCACAUGAGAAGCUUCGAAGAUCUUUCAAUCAGUUAUUGCAUUGUGUUUCCUCUUUAGCUGAAGCUCUUGAUAUGCAGCCUCCUGUUAUGCCAGAAGAUGGACAUACAACUAGGGUUACCACAGGCACUAACUUACCUCCUUCUGGGAAAGAAUCCUCUGCAGUACAACUUAUAUGGGAUGACGAAGACACGAGGGCUUUCUAUGAAUCUUUAUCUGAUCUCAGGAGUGUUCCAUGCAACCACAGACUGAAGUACAAGAGAAUGGUGAAACUUCUGUCUCUGAACAUCAAACUGACAGAAUGGCAAAUGAGGAACCCAAGAAUAGAGAGAACACAGAAACAGAAAGAUUGGCUAAAGAAAAAAUCAAGAAAAGAUGGUGCUGAAAGAGAGAAAGUAGAGUUUUGCUACCUGAAUUCUAAAGCAAACAGGAAGAAACUUGUGCGAGCCUUAUUCAGUGUUCCAAGGACUUCUUUGGAACUGCUACCUUACUAUUCUCGAUUAGUUGCCACAUUGUCCCCAUUUAUGAAGGGUCUUCCAAGUAUGCUAUUGUCGAUGCUUGAAGAGGAGUUUAAUUUUUUGAUAAACAAGAAGGCUUGCUUAGAUGAUUUCACUCAUCAUAACAUUGAUGUGGCCUGCAAUCUUCUGGAGACCUGUGGAUGUUUUCUUUAUCGUUCACGAGAAACUACAAUUCGCAUGUCAAACAUGUUGGAGAUACUGAACAGAUUGAAAAAUGUCAAGAAUUUGGAUGCACACCAUACCACACUUGUAGAAAAUGCCUAUUACCUAUGUAAACCUCCAGAAAGAUCUUCCAGGGUAUCUAAAGUUCGACCACCUCUACAUCAAUACAUAAGGAGGUUACUUUUCUCAGAUCUCGACAAAACAACUGUUCAACAUAUUCUUCUUCAGUUACUCAAGUUACCUUGGGCAGAGUGUGAACAGUACAUUGUGAAGUGUUUUCUUAAGGUCCACAAGGGAAAGUAUAGCCAGGUUCACCUUAUUGCUCUACUCACUGCUGGUCUUAGUCGCUAUCAUGAUGACUUUGCUGUGGUUGUGGUAGACGAGCCACAAGUCAGCAGUCAGCACUCACCAUCAGGCAUCAGCAAGCAGCAGUUACAGCAAGAUUUGCUCGAUCCCCUCGAAGAUUUUUUCAGGAUCAGGCUGGUCAUUACACUUUUACAGACUUGUGGUCACUAUUUUACCAGAGGCUCUUCAAAAAGAAAGCUUGACAGUUUUUUGCUAUUGUUCCAAAGAUAUGCUCUCAGCAAAGGGCCGUUACCACUCGAUGUAGAAUUUGAUGUUCAGGAUAUGUUUGCUGAGCUGCGACCCAACAUGACGAGGCAUUCAUCUCUGGAAGGAUUGAAUAAUGUGCUAGUUGAGCUUGAACAAAAUGAGCACGUGGCUGCAGCCAGGAAAGGUGGAGAUGAAAGUCACUGGGACAGCGAAUCACAGUCGAAACAAUCUGAGAAUGUUGUAUUUGAUGCCAAUGACAAGAUGACAGCAAAUAUAUCCAAGAAAAAUGGUAGGGACCAUGAAGAAGCACCAAACGGUGAGGACUCCACAGAUAGCACAAGCAGAUAUCGGAAUGGUCAUGAAGAUGAGGAAGAUUUUCCGCGUGAAGAGAGAUUGGAUGACAGGCUGGAAAAUGAAGAUCGCAUUGAGGACAUUGCUGUGCCUGUUGGUUCCGAUGAAGAGGAAACUGUUGAGGUUCGAAAAAAGAAGGUGCAAGUUGACCCUAAGGAUCAAGAAGACUUUGACAGGGAGCUGAAAGCCAUUCUUCUGGAAAGCUUGGAGUCACGUAAGUUGGAGCCAUCCAGGCCCACUGUGAACAUGAAGGAACCAAUGAGUACUUUCAAGGGGUCAAAGGACCUGAUGACUACUGAAGCAGCUGACAAAGAAAACGUGUGUGAUGAGUUAGUCAAAUCCGGAUCCGGUGGUGCUAGCGAGGUGUGCUUCAAGGUGCUUGUGAAGAAAGGGCAUAAGCAGCAGACAAAGCAAAUGCUCAUCCCGGGGGACUGCCCACUGGUGCAGAGCACGAAGCAGCAGAGUGCCGCUGAGCACGAGGAGAAGCAGAACAUCAAGCGGAAAAUUCUUGAAUACAGCGAAAGGGAGGAAGAACUGAACGCAGCGUCGGCGCCGGGAAGUGGGAACGGGGGUCAAGGAGGAAGAACUGACGAGACUCCUGCUGCUGGUCAUGUUACCUGGGACGGCCCAAGCAGAGGUGGUGAUGUUCGGCAGCAUUACUGGGUCGCUGGUGGGUUCUCUCUACCCCAGGAAAGAGCCGCCCCAAUCAGAUGUCAGGAUGCAUAUGGGCGCAAGAUCUGA